AUGACGACGACGACGACGAUGACCAUGAGCGACCAUAUUCUGAUGAUGUCCACGCUGGUGAUACGUCUGAGGAUUUACGAUUUGAACAGAUACGCCGUUCGCAAUUAUUGCCGGACGACAACGUGUAAGCAUUCCUUCGACAGUCACGUGAGAAAGGCAUAUGAAACGAAAUUGUGUUAUCGCGUAACGGUGCCUAAAGUCCGUAGGUUACCGAAGUUAAUGAGCAGCGUGACGGAAGAGUACACUGUGCAACAUCACGACAUGAUCCAAGUGGAUCAACGAUUUCAAAGUUUUACAGAAAGGAGUAGCGGCAUCACCGCCAAAUGGUUGGCCCUGCAAGGCUUCUUUUGUCGUCGCCGCGACGAGGAGAACGCCGCCACCACCGACAUUUGCUGCUUCGUUUGCGGAUUUAUUUUACGCAACGAUACUUUGCUCACUCAGGCACCGUUACGUGAACAUUGUCGUCUCGCGCCGAACUGUCCAUUCGCCAGUUCAUUGUACAGGAGUCUCUUGCGACUCAGCGAUACGCAAAGAUAUAACAUCUUGUACGGCACAUUCAUGCGUGCGAAUGAAGUCAAUGUACUACUUCCUAUAGAACUGGUGGACUUGCGGCGGCGUAAAGCAUCGCAAAAUACGCCAAUGCCCUACGAUUGGCGUCGAACGUACGAGCUUGAGAGUAGUCGCGUUGAAUCCUUUCGCCGUCUGCGCUGGCCACUGGAAGAUAACUUGCCGGCCGUACACAUGGCGCAGUGUGGCUUCGUCUCUAUCGGUAUCGACGGCCUGCGCUCUCGUAUGAAAUACAUGUAUCAUCCGAUAGGUCGGCGUCGCUUGAUAAUGAUGGUGCCGCCGAUUGACGAUGCUGCCGGAGAUGAUGCCGUUCAGUGUUUUGCGUGCGGCGGUAUUUUUUACAAUUGGCAGGAUGCAGCAUGUCCGUGGACAGAACACGCGUCUUGGUACCCGAACUGUUCGUUUGUUGUAAAGGGAAAGGUGCAAUAA